AUGACAACUACCGAGGAUCUACUCUGGUUGGGCCUGUCACCUUCCAAAGCUGCCGAAACACUCAAAAAUGCGAAGCUUUGUGAAACAAUCGGGUCCAUAAUCAAAAUUGUCAAAGAAAGCGGCGUAACUGGUGAAUUGUCGAAACAAAAGGGAACACUUUUGUAUCAACUAUCCACAAAAAUUAAACCACAAUGCGCUUCAAAUAUUCCGUUAGUUGUGAAGUACAUAAUGUCUGAGGAUAUCAAAAACGAGUUGCAGCUCUCCGCGGCAAUCGAAUAUCUUCUUUCACAUGCUGUCAAACUGAUCGAUGUGAAUGAAUUUGAAAAAUCGUGCGGAAUUGGUGUUGUUGUUACACCGGAUGAAAUCGAAGACACCGUUACGGAAGUUGUUUCGAAAUGCAAAGAUCAAUUGAUAAAAGAGAGAUAUUCGUUCAACAUUGGCAAGUUGUUGGGGGAAGUUCGUUCUCGUCUGCCAUGGGGAGAUGGGGCUUACAUCAAAAAAGAAGUUGAUUUAAGAAUUCUUGAAAUUCUCGGACCAAAAACUGCUGACGAUCUCGCUCCUAAGAAAAAGGAAAAGAAGACUGAAAAGAAGCCAGACACAAAAUCCAAUGCCAAGAAGGAUGACAAGGCGAAAACCGAAGAAGUUGCCGAAUUUGAUGGAGCAGAAACUAUGGAUGAGCUUCUCAAAACCAGAGCUCAUUUCCAUAAGGUCGGCGAGAAUUAUAAAACUGACGGAUAUGUCACGACACCAAAAACCGCGGAGCUUCUCAAAAAACAUGUCGCCGCUGUUGGUGGAAAAGUUAUGACUCGUUUCCCUCCUGAGCCAAAUGGUGUCCUUCACAUCGGACACGCAAAAGCCAUCAAUAUCAACUUUGGAUAUGCGAAAGCAAUGGAUGGAUUGUGCUAUCUUCGAUUUGACGACACCAACCCGGAAAAGGAAGAGGAGAAGUUCUUCACAGCUAUUGCUGACAUGGUCAACUGGCUCGGCUAUGAACCAUAUAAAGUCACACAUUCUUCGGACUACUUCGACCAACUAUACAAGUGGGCUAUCGAAUUGAUUCGAAAGGGACUCGCAUACGUCUGUCAUCAAAAGGUCGAGGAAAUGCGUGGUUUCGAGGUUCAAAUGAGUCCAUGGAGAGAUCGGCCAAUUGAAGAAUCUCUUCAACUUUUCGAGGUUUGA